AUGGACGAUCGCCCACCUGGUUUCAAAUUCUACCCAACAGAAGAAGAAUUGGUUACGUUUUAUCUGCAUAACAAGCAAGUAGGAAGGAGACAAGAUCUCGACCGGGUUAUACCUGUUGUCGAUAUCUACGAGUACAACCCAUGGGACCUCCCACUAUUUGCAGGAGAGUUUUGUCAAGGAGACACUGAGCAGUGGUUCUUCUUCAUCCCUAGACAAGAGAAAGAGACCCGUGGAGGAAGACCAAAUAGGCUCACGGCUUCCGGAUACUGGAAAGCUACUGGAUCUCCGGGGUCUGUUUUCUCCGAUAAUAAUCGAAUAAUUGGAAUGAAGAAAACAAUGGUUUUCUACACAGGAAGAGCUCCAAGUGGAAGGAAGACUGAAUGGAAGAUGAAUGAGUAUAAAGCCAUUGAAGGAGAAGCUUCUUCAUCAACUAGUACAACUCCUAAGAUAAAGCAAGAAUUCAGUUUGUGUCGAAUCUACUUAAAAUCAAAAUCUUUGCGGGCAUUUGACAGACGACCUUCAAGAGUGACAAGAGGUGAAGCAAUAGUUCACCAACCUCAUUGUGACAACGAGGCAACGACAUCAUUGCUUCAAAACCAACCAAUGAGGGAGAGAACAAGCUCACCGGAUAGCUCAUCGUCAGGAGACCAUGCCAAUCCAUCUCAAAAUAUCGAAAAAGAAAGUUGGGAUGUGCCUGCUGAUAAUGAUCCUUUUUGGGACUUGGAACAGUUCAAUUGGUUUGAGUGA